UCAGGUGUCUUCUUCACGUGUUCAUCAUGAAUGAGCGAAACCACAAGGUUUUGAAUGUUGUUGAAUAUUGGCCAAGACACGAUGCCAAGACAGGUGAGGUUUGCAGUCACUUGUCUCAGGUCUGAGCUGCUAAAAUGCAAAUCAUUAGAGGUGGUGCAGCCAAUAGACCUAAUGAAAUUCACUUAUGUAUCCUUGGGGUGUGAGUAAAUGUUCUUGUUUUGUCAGUUGUGUGGUUAGAUCUCAAUAUGCAAACUAUAUGGGUGGAGCUGGGUCAUGGUGGAUCCUGGGUGCAGGGAAACGAUGCUGCAAAAGGCUUUGUCCUUGUUAGAAGAAGAGGUUGUCUGUAGGUGUUUUGCAGAAUAAUCUGAGCAGAGUGAGGUGAGCUUUAAACAGGAUGGGCAGCUUUUCUUGCAUACUUCCACUUGAAUGCAGUUCUCCAUAACUUAACCAUCCUUUCUUGUUUCUCCCUCAAGCUUCACUCCCAGGGAACUGUAAACCAUCUGCAGUAACGGUGGGGUCGCCUAGGUGCCCGGGAGGUCACGGAGGGCGUGGAGCUGGAUGUAUGAGACGGCUUCAUGGGCCUGAAGGACCAUCUGGAGGAUGGGACAGGCCACAUCCUCAGCCUGGAGCUGGAUCUGGACUACCUACAUGUGGAAGGUGCUGAGCGUCAGGGGAGUCUGAGCACCGCAACCGAUGCAGGGAAUGUAGGAAUCUCGCAGGUCAGAGCUGAUUCCUCACAUAACAACAGUAUAGGUAGUAGUGGUACUAGUUUUAGUACUCACUCAAGCUAUAGCAGCAGCAGUAGUUGCAGUAAUUUCUCAGAGGAGAGUGCAGUAUCCGACAGUGAAGAUGAGCGAAUCCAGAAUCGGUCCGAAUUUCAAAAUCCUCAUCGAGAUCAGCCUCACCUACACCACCAAGAGUCCUCCACUGCCUGUCAGCCGGUCAGGCUGGACCUGACACAGCCAGAAACAUCAGCUCCGACCGACCCCGUCACUGACUGCCGCACCAAGGUGGAGUUUGCUCUCAAGCUCGGUUACUCCGAGGAGCUUGUGCUGCUGGUGCUGAGGAAACUGGGCACACACGCACUCAUUAAUGACGUCCUGGGAGAGCUGGUCAAACUGGGAACCAAGACAGAGAUGGAGCAGCACGGAGGUGUGACUGUCUCCCAGUCUCCCUCCACAUCUUUAUCAUCCUCUUUGGCCUCCUCCUCCACCUCCUCCUCCUCCUCCUUUAGCUCCUCUCUGGACUCAUGUCGGCUGCUGUGUCCGUCCCAGCUGCUGGAGGACAAAGAAAACCUUCGGCCUGUUGUGGUGGACGGGAGCAAUGUAGCCAUGAGUCACGGAAAUAAGGAAGUGUUCUCGUGUCAAGGCAUCCAGCUGGCUGUGGAUUGGUUCUUAGAACGAGGUCACCGUGACAUCACUGUUUUUGUUCCUGCCUGGAGAAAAGAGCAGUCACGGCCCGACGCUCUCAUCACAGACCAGGAGAUCUUGAGGCAACUAGAGAAAGAGAAGAUCCUGGUUUUCACUCCAUCUCGACGUGUGCAGGGGCGUCGUGUGGUUUGCUAUGACGACCGCUUCAUCGUCAAACUGGCCUACGAGUCCGAUGGCAUCAUUGUCUCUAACGACAACUACCGCGACCUUGCCAAUGAGAAGCCAGAGUGGAAGAAAUUCAUCGAUGAGCGUCUGCUGAUGUACUCCUUUGUCAAUGACAAAUUCAUGCCACCAGAUGACCCACUAGGACGUCAUGGACCCAGUCUGGACAACUUUCUAAGGAAGAGGCCUGUUAUUCACAGGAAGCAGCCGUGCCCUUAUGGGAAGAAGUGCACAUAUGGUCACAAGUGCAAGUUUUACCAUCCUGAAAGGGGCAGCCAGCCCCAGCGUGCUGUGGCUGAUGAGCUCCGAGCCAGUGCCAAAAUUUCAUCAGUGACUUCCAGAGGCCUGCUGGAAGACACCCUGAUGAUAAAGAGCCAAAGUCCUGGUCAAGGUCACAGAAUGGCUGAGGCCGAGCCAAGUCAGGGCACUCCAAAGAAACGGCCAAACCCCAGCCCACGAAGCUCGUUCAGUGACCUCCUGGAGGAUCGGCUUCGGGUCCAGUCCAAAGUGGAAGGACGGAGGGGCAGCAGCAGCAGCAGCAGCAGUAAUUGUAGCAGCAACUUUUUAGGGUAUCCUGCUCCAGGAGCACCUACUUCAUUAGGAAACCUGGACAAAUGGGAAUACCCUGGGGGUAGCGGUGGAGGCAGUUCCAGGUUUGCUGGGGCCUCGGGACCAAGUCAGCCCGACACUUACCACAGAUGUGAGUCUCCGGAGGUGGGCUACAGCUCACUGGCAAAGGCAUAUUCAGGCCUCAAUCUGGUUGUGCCACAAAGUCUUGAAUGCUUCUUCCCAGCUGAUCUGCGAGCAGGAUCGAUGCUGUCAGAUUGUAGCAGCGAAGGCAGCGUCAGCUCGGACUCUUUCUCCCCUGACCCCUUAUUAGAUGACGGCCCCAAGUGCCACCAUCACCACCACCAUCCUCAUCACCAUCAUCACUGCUCUGGCCAGUACCCCCAUCCUACAAGUCGUGUCCCACCUGGAUUGGGCCAACGUGCUCCUCAUGGCUAUCCCGUUCCUUUAGCUUUGCAAAGACAACAUGGUUUUGGUUUGGAAGACCCUUCACCUUCUGUUACUUGUCACGCAUCUCCACAUCCUUUCAAAAGCCCUUCAGCCUAUGUUGCACCCCACCUUCGGCAUCCGUCACUGAGCAGUUUUCCAGGGGAAUUGCCAGCUAGUCCACGAUGCCCACCCCAAACAUCUCCUGCUCACCCCCAUUCUCAGAGCUCCUCGCUUGGCAGAAAUCUGAUGGGCUCCCUUUGGCAGGAUGGUGGUUUCCCGGACUCCCGAGUGUAUGAAGGGUCACCACUUCAUUCCAGAAGAAACUACACUUCCCUAAACCAACAACCACUGCCGCACAUAAACUGGGAGCCCCAAUACCAGCAGUCGCCUAAGCCAUGCUAUGAUCUGUUCACCUUGCAGAGCAGGGGGAGGGAAGCUCAUUCAUCGCCCCGCGGCCUCUCGUCAUCAAGUCUUCCACCGCUCCCGCAGUUGUCCCUCACGUCCAUCUCUCCCCACAAAAGCCACCUGCCCCCACUGCCCCAGCACCAGGAGCCCCCCAACCUGGGUCGAUACCAGGACCUGAGAGAGAGGAUGUUUGUUAACUUGUGUGGCAUCUUCCCUCCAGAUUUAGUGAGAAUGGUGAUGACCAGAAACCCUCAUGUGAUGGAUGCUCAGGAGCUCGCAGCUGCAAUUUUGAUGGAGAAAUCGCAAAUUUAGCCGAGAGGAUGAGGUUACAGCUUUGUCCUGACUGAGGUCACUUCUGCAGAGUCAUCCCCUGCAAUUAUCUUAAUAUAUUUACGUCAGGUUGGACACACAUAAGCCAGAACCAAUAAGAUGUAAGGCUCCUUAAGCCGGCAAUGCUUAUGGACGGCUUGUUUUCACUGCAGGGAAGUUGAGUCAUUAAUUUUAAUGGUAUUUUUGUAAAGGGAAAUCCGAAAAUUGCCAUAUUUUUCUAUAUGUUGAAUUCCAGCACUUAAGACACCAGUGUGCUUAGGGAAGCGUUUCAUGUGUAAGGGUGACAGUGUUGUUCAGUUUGAAUUAAUUUAUUUGUUAUA